CCGACGUUAGAGACGUGUCCCCUCCUGAUCCCAGGAAGACCCCCUCUCCCCCUGCUCGGAAAUCCCUUCCAGCCCCCCCGGGCCACAAUUUGGAGGGGCUCCAAACCCUCCCCCGGACCCCACCCCACGUCCGGGCCUGUCCUCCUCCUCCUCCUCCCCCCCGGUACCCCGGGAUGAAGGGUGGGGAGGGCGAUGCCGGGGAGCAGGCCCCCUUGAACCCCGAGGCGGGGGAGAGCCCCGCGGGCUCGGCCACCUACCGAGACUUCGUGCAUCGGGGCUACCUGGACCUCAUGGGGGCUAGCCAACACUCCCUGCGGGCCCUCAACUGGCGGCGACUCUACCUCAGCCGGGCCAAGCUCAAGGCCUCCAGCCGCACAUCCGCCCUCCUCUCCGGCUUCGCCAUGGUGGCCAUGGUGGAGGUCCAGCUGGAGACGUCGUACGACUACCCGCCCGGGCUGCUGGUGGCCUUCAGCGCCUGCACCACGGUCCUGGUGGCCGUCCACCUCUUCGCCCUCAUGGUCUCCACCUGCCUGCUGCCCCACAUCGAGGCGGUGAGCAACAUCCACAACCUCAACUCGGUCCACCAGUCGCCCCACCAACGGCUGCACCGCUACGUGGAGCUGGCCUGGGGCUUCUCCACGGCCCUGGGCACCUUCCUCUUCCUCGCCGAGGUGGUGCUGGUCGGCUGGGUCAAGUUCGUGCCCGUCGGGGGGCCCGCCGGGACCCGGGGGCCCGCGCUGCCCUCGCCCCUGGCCCCCCGGGCACCCGGGCCGGCGGCUCCCUCGCCCGGGGGGCCGGGCCUGGCGGCCCCCUCGGCCUCGGCGCCGCCCUCCGCCGCGUCCACCGUGGCCCCUCCGGUGGCUUGCCUUCCCCGCCAGCCCUGCGGCGGGGCCCCCCCCCCGUCCCCCCCGCCCCCCGGCCCCGGCUGGCACGCCGCCAUGGCGUCCACCGUCAUCAUGGUGCCCGUGGGCCUGGUGUUCGUCGCCUUUGCCCUCCACUUCUACCGCUCCUUGGUGGCUCACAAGACGGACCGGCACCGGCAGGAGCUGGAAGAGCUGAGCCGGCUUCAGGGGGAGCUGCAGGCCGUGUGACCGGCCCGGCGGGGCUCGGCCUCGGGAGGAGGGCCGCACGGCCCCGGGGAGGAACUCGGAAGCACCGACCCAUCCGACCCGGACCAAGGCUGGCCCCGGCCCUCUCUGCCCCCGCGGAGAAAUCCAGAGCCGGGCAAAGGCGCCACGGACACGGGCCCUUUCCUGACUAAUCACAGCCACGGGAAGCCCCACUCAGGUAGACACCUACCCUCCUAGGGACGAGGCCCCUAGGUCCCCCCCCCCCCCAUUGAUUCCUCGGGGCUGGGCCUCGAAGGAAACCCCCGCCGCCCUGUUUUGUAAGACCCGCCCCGUCUUCCUGUCGCGCCUCUCUUGGCGGGAUGGCCAUUUCGAGCGAAAUUCUUCCAUCCCUAAACUCUUGCUUCUGUUGGGACCACCGUGUUUGGAAGCCCGGGCCUCAGCCCUCCCCGCCCCCUCUCCCCCCGGACCCACACUUCGUGUUUGCUCUGACUGCUGUAGUACCUGCUCCUUUGAGCUGGAUGCCUCCACUCCCCCGUCCCGAUCUGGUGGGUCCCGUCUUAGCGGUGGUUGCAAUUCCGAAGUUCCUCUCCACAAAAAUGCCAUCCUGGUGAGCCUUCUGCUGUUGCCUGGGCGGUUGCGGGUAUCCUGCUGUUGUUUAGCCCCCUCAUUUAUAGGGGUUUCAAAGCUUUCAUCCCCUCCUGGGUCCGAGAGGUCCGGGACUCGGCUCUCCUGGUUUCCGAGAGGCGUGUCCGGCCGGUUAGAUCUACGGGGAUAUUCGCCCGUCGGUCCCGACUUCCUCAGGGCCGCGCGCGCCCCGGACCCCUCUCUCCGUCGUCCUCGGGGCGCUCGGCCGACUCCCUCCGAGCCGAGCCCCGCCGCUUGGGAUCCGGGCCGCUAACGUUCCCGUCGCGGUAGAUCCAGCCUAUCCAAAAGAGAAGUCUUCCCCCGCCGCCCCACGGCAAAUCGGUUUCUUGUAGGGCCCUGUUCCGUCAUUUCAUUUUUCAUCACCAUUUUCAUUUUCCGUAUUUCAUUUUUCAAUCUCAUUUUCUCAUCACCAACCACUGCCUAUUUAUCCCCUCUCAACGUCACCCUCUCGCUCAAGCCCUGGGAGGAAAGGGAAUGAUGGGGAGGGCAAAGUGGGCAACCGACAGCAGAGGGGAGCUGGUCCGGGAAAGGAACAGUUGGCUUGGGUAAUCACCCCCCCGAGGCCUUGCCGCUCACAGCGAGAUCCCCAAGGAUUGGGGAGCAACUCAAGACGGUUUUCAAUGCACCUUUUUUUUUUUUGUAAAAUAAAUCUUGUUUCACUAAA